UGACUUUACUAAAGUUUGGAAAUGCUUUCCACMAAGAUAUUACCGACUAUCAUAAUGCUACUCACACAUCUCUUCCUCGUCACAAGUAAAUUCAACUGCGUCGGAACCUGCUAUUCCGGGCUAAUGUUCCCUGAACCCCGAGACAUCGUCAAMGGCAAACAUCUAAAGGGAUUCUCGUACAAAAACAUCUCCACUGAUGAUCCUGCCAAGUGUUACUCAUCUUGUGUCCAAGACUGUCGUUGUAAGGCUUGUCAGAUGAAAGAUGCAAGAUGUGAGUUUCUAGAUGAAGACAAGAAUUCAAAAACCUUGAGAGCCGAGUCAGGAUAUGUAUACUUUGAUCUCAGGCAGACUAUGUACCAAGGAUCCUCUCAUCUGAAACCAUCAGGUGUUCAAUGUUACAACGGAUGUUGUCGAUCAAAUCCUUGCCUGAAUGGAGGCAAAUGCACUGAGCAAUGCAUCUCACCUAAAGAGAAAUUUACCUGUACGUGUACUAAUCAAUAUGAAGGCAGAGUGUGUCAGACAAGGGUAUUUUAUUCGUCAUGCAGAGAUGCUUUUAACAAGUUGCCACAUGCAACAUUGAAAGAUGGAGUCUAUCUCAUUAAGCGCCCUGACAAUAAGAAGCUCUUSAAUGUUUAUUGUCAAUUCAAUAUAAAGACUGGUAWWACCUGGGUGGUAAUCGAGUCAUUUGCAUUAAAAAGCAAAGACUUAUUCAUCGACAAGCCCUUCGACAUCAACUUCAGCGUUAACCAAUACGCCUCUGUGCCCAAAUGGGAAGCUUAUCGCUUAGGWUUGGAGGAUAUGCAGUACUUUAAAGGGAUUUCCACGCUUUUUAGGUCCACCUGUAGCUACGAGAAACGAGGUAUGGCCGCAUUUGAAACUGAUUACAUCAGUGGACAACUUUCAAAAACUGAUAUAUUCGAAAACCCAAUUUACCAUAUCUGUAAAAAUUUCACAAAAUGCAACAUUAAUGGAUCRACCGUAGAGCCUUGUACCGCACGUUUGUAUCAUCAGUAUGGCAUGCAUAUUCACAUYGACCCAUGGCCGCAAGCAUUACCGACUCCWCUCUGCACUUUUACAUACAAAAGUGAUGUUGGAGGAGCUGAUUUUUUCGGAUUUUAUCAGAUUGUAGACCCAUUGUUUAAAUGCACCGCGACGCAAGACUCCACAACCCAGUGGUGGUUAGGAGAUUAACUAAGUGAUACUUGUACAUAGAAAUUUCGACGCUAAUGAAGCAAAGAAUGGUAGUAGUUCACUUGUGAACGAGUUGGAGGCUUUCCAAUAUUCUAGAAUACAACAUGCAUGCUGCCGCGAAUGCGUUAUAAGUAUAUUCCAAGACUCUUUUGCUUAAUCUCUUGAUCCUACAUAAUUAUAAGAUACUGCCCCGCGGAAUGAAAUCCGACAAUGACAUUCAAAAAUAGUCAAGAGAACCCUGCGCAUCCUUACCU